GCAGGCGCUGUCCUUGUCUGGAGCCUGCCAGUCCCCACCACCGCAGCCAUGUCCCACCGCCUGGUGAUGGUCCGGCACGGCGAGAGCACCUGGAACCAGGAGAACCGCUUCUGCGGCUGGUUCGACGCGGAGCUGAGUGAGAAGGGGGCUGAAGAGGCCAGGAGGGGGGCCCAGGCUGUCAAGGACGCCAAGAUGGAGUUUGACAUCUGCUACACGUCGGUGCUGAAGAGGGCCAUCCGCACCCUCUGGACCAUCCUGGACGGCACGGACCAGAUGUGGUUGCCUGUGGUGCGCACCUGGCGCCUCAACGAGCGGCACUACGGGGGCCUGACUGGCCUCAACAAGGCGGAGACGGCUGCCAAGCACGGGGAGGAGCAAGUGAAGAUCUGGAGACGGUCCUUCGACAUCCCACCACCCCCCAUGGACGAGAAGCACCCCUACUACAGCGCCAUCAGCAAGGAGCGCCGGUACGCAGGCCUGAAGCCUGGGGAACUGCCCACCUGUGAGAGCCUCAAGGACACCAUCGCCCGGGCCCUGCCCUUCUGGAACGAGGAGAUCGUCCCCCAGAUCAAGGCUGGCAAGAGGGUGCUCAUCGCAGCCCAUGGCAACAGCCUGCGGGGCAUCGUCAAGCACCUGGAAGGGAUGUCUGACCAGGCCAUCAUGGAGCUGAACCUGCCCACGGGGAUCCCCAUCGUGUACGAGCUGGACCAGGCCCUGAAGCCCACCAAGCCCAUGCGGUUCCUGGGUGACGAGGAGACCGUCCGCAAGGCCAUGGAGGCCGUGGCCGCCCAGGGCAAGGCCAAGUGAAGACUGGGCUCUGCAAAUCAAGAAUAAAGGCUCCCCCGCACCA